CUUUAUUAAAGCUCCUUUUCUUUAAGCUUUACAUUCAGCUCAGCACACAGCACAGGUGCUUCCGUGAACGGACACACCAGCCCACAGCGCGUGCGCGAACUACGAACGCAGAGGACGUUGCGGGCGUACAGAACGUCAAUGCGGUAGUAGAGUAGAGCUCUGCUGUAGGUGAACGCUGGAGCGGUCUGUGUACAGACCGGUCCAACCGCUUCAGAACUCACGCCCAGUGGGCCGCAGGGGUUUUCAGGGGAGCCUUAGGUCGGCGAAACAAACAUGGGCAACGCGGAGAGCGGCUGCGGCGGAGGCAGCGGCGACGAGGAAGACAUAGAAACGGAGAGUCCCGGCUUCGCGGAAGACGGUCCGGCCUCUGCGACCGCUGGCGGCGGUGUUGGAGGCGGCGGCGGCUCUGGUAGUGGCAGGAGCGGAAGGGGAUCGAAUAACCUACCCGUGCCCACUGGUGGACCACCCAACCCCGGCGUCCUCUUGGAGCAAGUGAAACUGAGAGAAGCGGCGGCUCGUAUUAGCGACUCUGGAGUCGCCAUUCACGAGUCCGUCCUCGCCGGGAAUGAGGGUGUCCUGAUGCGGUGGCUGGAGGACCGGUUAAACCGAGGAGAAGAGUCCGUUAAUGUUGAGCAAUUUUGUGAGAUGUUAGAGAGCAGAGAUGCCCCGAGGGACGAGUGCGAAGAGGCCUUUGGUCAGUUUGAUGCGGAGGGGGAUGGAGUGGUGGACAUAGAGAGCAUGCUGAUCGCUCUGAAGAACUCCAAUGGAGCUAAUCUACAGGGAGAGCUGAGUAAUGUGAUAAGACAGCUUCAGGCCUGCUCGCUUACCCCAGGUUUUGUGGACAUAUUCUCCAAGACCAAAGACCGAUUAGGAGCACACGCCUCUAAAAUUCUAAAGUUCUUACACAGGAAUCGUAUUCCCAGCAGUGCCAUCCCUUUCCCAAUUUUAGAGGGCUACAACAGUAUCUGCACCAUGAGGUCCAGCGUGGUGCAGGACUUCUUGGAGUUCCUCUUGCAGAAGGAGAAAGAUUUGGAUAUUCAGUACAGAGCAGAGCUGGACCGUGACCCGGAUGUAGACAUGGUCAAGGUCGUCACUCAGUGCUACAGCACAAUAGAAGCUUCGUCCAAUGUUGCUGACAUCUACAAGAUGACAAACGGGGAAACGGCGUCUUUCUGGCAGUCUGACGGCAGCGCUCGCUCACACUGGAUACGACUAAAAAUGAAACCGGAUGUUGUUUUGAGACGUUUGGCCAUUGCCGUGGCUUCUAAUGACCACAGCUAUAUGCCUCAGCUAGUGUCCGUCGCUGUGGGGAAGAACCGGCGUUCUUUGCAGGAGAUCAGAGACAUCCGCAUCCCGAGCAAUGUCACGGGCUAUGUAGCUCUGUUGGAGAACGCCAACAUCACACACCCCUGUGAGUCACCAUCCUUCUAG